AGCAGCUAAAAAGACCAGAAUAAACCCAACACCGAACAGAUUUAACAUGUCCGAAUAGGUGCGAACGUUAGAGAAAGUGAAGAAAAAAAGAAUAAUUCGAUUCAUAUCUACUUCAUGAUGCUGAUUAAACGGAUGCUGAUGUGUUCCUCGUAUAAUAAAUAAUUCUACGAUGAACCAAUAUCGAGGAGUGAUACAUUUUAAUUACCGCAGAGAACAUCUUAACCUGUCUUCGUCUGUAUCUAUCUCGAAAAAGUUCCCAGUUUUUAUUACCUACAUUAAUUUUUUUUUGUACAAGAAUUUAAUUAUGCAAGAGUUACGUAAAAACGUAUGUGUUAGCGUACGUGUUAAACUAGGAUACCGUUAAGUACAAUAUACCGGAUGUAUUUUCUCUUUGAAUAAUAUAUAAUUAAACAAUUUAUCAAUUGUGUCGCACACAAAAUAUGAUGUCCAAUGGCAUUUGGAACCCAACUAAACAAAUCGAAGAUAACUCUAUGGCGAAUAAUGUACAUCAUUCGACAUCAUCAGCUUUGGAUUCUCCGCUUAUGAAGUUGUCUUCAUAUUUUCUGGCGGUUCGACCAUGGUCACUGAGCGCAUCGCUAAUGCCAACGCUUCUCGGAUCUGCGCUUGCAUAUCGACUGACAGGUCUAGCAAGUUUCAGUUGGAUAUCAUUGAUCGUUAUUGUGUUCACGGUACUUUGUGUACAUGGUGCUGGUAAUGUAGUGAAUACCUAUUUUGACUAUGAGAAAGGUGUUGAUAGUCGGCAAAGCGACGAUAGAAUAUUAGUAGAUCAUUUAUUGUCUAAAGAUGAAUUGGUCUCAUUGGGAGCUCUUUUAUAUACAGUGGGCUCUUUGGGAUUUGUCUUAUUGACAGCUAUUUCCCCUGCCAAGAUGGAACACUUGGCUCUUGUAUACUUCGCAGGUUUAUCUUCUUCUUUUCUCUAUACAGGAAGUAUAGGAUUUAAAUACAUUGCUUUGGGCGAUGUACUUGUCUUAAUCAUAUUUGGUCCAGUCUCAGUUCUAUUCGCAUUUAUGGCACAAACUGGUUACGGUGAAUUACAGACGAUUUAUUACGCUGUACCGCUCGCAUUAAACACUGAAGCUAUUUUACAUAGCAACAACACAAGAGAUAUGGAGAGCGACAAAAAGGCAGGAAUCGUGACAUUAGCGAUUUUGAUAGGUCAUACCACGUCCCAUGUUUUGUAUGCUUUUCUACUAUUUACACCAUAUAUAAUUCUCAUAGUACUGGCAUUAAAAUAUUCAAUAUGGUUUUUACUACCAGUAAUCACUCUGCCGACCGCCUUUAAAAUAGAAAAAGAUUUCCGAAAUCCGUAUAAAAUUCAAAAUGUGCCUAAACGAACAGCCAGAUUAAACAUGUUUUUAGGUAUUUUGUACGUUAUCGCUUGCCUGCUUGUGGCUUAACUUCCUCCCUUAUAAAUUAUUUAUAAAAUUGUGACAUUAAUCCUGGGUUACUUUUAUUUAAUAAUUUACUAAUAUUUCGGCAAAAUAUCAAAUUUGCAAUUUUAUUUACUAAUAUACAAUCGACAUAACACUCUCUAUCAUUUUAUAAUACUAUUUGCUACUACUAUC